UUUCAGCAGAAGACUGCAGUCAGGACAAUAAAUCUGCCAAUCUGACUUCCUCCAGUGCCUUUUCAAGCCAAAGUGAGCUCUUGUGCACACAGCAACGCUCCAAGCUUGAGCAGGAUGUGGAGAGAAUGAAGCAAGAGAUUGAAGCUUUGGAGGCCCAGUUGGCCGCUGAAGACUCUGCUCUGCUGGAGAGCACUGUAAGAGAAGCUAAUGUAACUUUGGAAACCAGUCAUCUUGAAAGCAUUGUGAGCAAGCCUAGUGAAGUUGAGAUGGAGACUAGUAAUGCUGAUCUCACUGUGAAAGAGCCAGGUGAUGUUGAGACAGAGACCAAUGAUGAUAACAUCACUGUGAGAGAGCCUUGCGAAGUUGACAAUGAGACUAGUAAGGCUGGUAUGACUGUGGGUGACCAUAUUGAAGUUGAGAUGGAGACCAGUGAUGAUGACAUCACUGUGAGAGAGCCUUGCGAAGUUGACAGUGAGACCAGUAAGGCUGGUAUGACUGUGGGUGACCAUAUUGAAGUUGAGAUGGAGGCCAAUGAUGUCGAAAGCUCUGUAAUAGGGCCUAGUAAUCCAGAUGACAUCCACAAGACAGGCGUUUGUGGGUUGAAGAGGAAACCAGAAAGGAUGCCAACAAGUUUAAAAACAUGUCCACUGGAGGAGGAGAAAUGUAGCCCAAGUAGAGAAGAAGAUCGGACAAAUAAAGUUCCUCCAACUGAUGCCACUGAGAUAGAUAUCCAGUGUAUAUCAUCCAGUCAGGAGAGUGAAGACUUGUUUUUGAGUCCUCGGUCACCUUCCCCUCCACCAUCACUACCAGACACCAACAUUAAACCUUCAGCCGUCUCUCAGGUUGUUCUGAAACUCAAGGAGAUAUUUAAGGCAGUAUCACCUGGUCAUUGUGGCAAUAGUCCAAACAAAUACAGAGGUUUGAGCCCAGACAGUGCCAAGUCAACACCGCCAUGUUCCCCUCGCUCAGAACGCCCUCUGGUUUCUGCCCAGAAAUCUAUCUAUAAGGAUCCCACUUCUGACACCAGUCUGGCAAGUCCGGCAGGAUCGAGGGUAAAGGCAGGCCUUCCCAAACCAUUCCAGUCCCCAGCCUUUACUGGUGUUCUCCAGGGCAAGGGCUCUCGUUUUCGGACCCCGCAGAGGUCUAAUGUUAUGUCACCCCUGGGUCGCACAACACCCAGCGGGGAUGGAAAAUCGUCCAGUCGAAGACUCUGUUUUGUAACAACAGGGCUUCACCUGUCUCAGGCUCAGAGGACACAGAAACUAGCUCAGAUGUUCAAUAUCAAGAUACAGCCUAAAUUUUCACCAGCAGCAACUCAUGUGAUCGUUAAGACAGUCUCAGAGGACAGUUUGGUGUGUGAGAGGACAUUCAAGUACUUCCAGGCAAUAGCUCAUCAUUGCUGGCUCAUCUCUUACCAGUGGGUGGAAGACUGUAUAACAGCCAAUGAGAUCCUUCCUGAGACGGGGUAUGAAAUCCAGGGGGACACUGUGAGUGGCCCAAAACACAGAGGACCCCGCAGAUCACGACUCUACAACAACCCAGUCUUUGCAGAUUUUGAAUUCUUCUGCAAUGGGGAUUCCCCUAACCUUCCUCCAGGAGAGUUUCAGAACCUGCUAACUGUGUCUGGUGGGACUGUGGUUACCUCCCCUGAUGCACUGGGCGUGGACCCAGAAAAAACACAGCUGAUACUGGACUUGAAUGAAGACCAGCAUCCAAGCAACAUCAGGCUAUUUAAUCGUCUGUACAGAAAAUAUGGGGUUGUGACUGUCUCCAGAGAGUGGGUGUUUGAUACAAUAACCCAGUACAAAGUACAGCCUCUCCCCCACUACGUUCUCACAUCCUUACCAAAUAUAGAACUGCCGUUUGUCUAGCCGUUAAUGUUACCAAGUAUAUGAGCACUACCUAAGCUAAUUAUAACAAUGUCCUGGAUAACACUUUGAAGUUAUCAUCAGAUUGCUUUGUGAUUUUGUAAGCAUGUGUAUGGGCAACAAUUUAUCCUCAAACUGGUGCAUUUUUGGGAAUCAGGUUGUGAUCAAACUGCUUUCUUUAUCUGUAUGUAUGUGGACAAUAGGCUAUUUUCAAUCUGCUUUACAUCUUUUGCUCUGCUACAUACACAUGCAUGGGCGUCAGCUCAUCAUCAAACUGUUUUUUUGGUGUACUGUCAUGGCAUGGAUGUC